GUCACCCCAGGGGGCUGAGAAAUCACCUCCAUGAGUCGCUCCAGACUGGCCCUGCUUCUAGGAGACCAGGCAGAGAAACGGCUGUGAUGGAGCCCGCUCAGAUGCCGGUGACCUUCGAGGAGGUGGCUGUGUAUUUCACUGCGGGGCAGGGGGUGCUGCUGGACCCCGCUCAGAGAGCCCUCUACAGGGACGUCAUGCAGGAGAACUACGAGACUGUGGCCUCGCUAGGAUUCCCCGUUCCCAAACCUGAGUUGAUCACCCGGCUGGAGCGAGGGGAGGAGCCGUGGGUGCUGAAUCUCCAGGUUGCCCGGAAAAGGGAGAGUCCAAGGGGCACCCAGGCAGCAGGUGACACAACAGUGGAGGAGAAUCAGCAGCAGAAAGGUUCUGGGAAAGUGGACCCUCGGGAGAUGUUUUUGAGAGGAGCUGAAGGGAAUUUUUCCCAGUGCUUGGAACAGCAAAAUGCCGGGGGAGAUGGACACAGGUCAGAGAGGCAGCUGGCAAACUAUAGUAGGAGAAAUCUGGAUGGAUCAAUUCAGUGUGCCGGAGGAUGCCGGAAUCUCCAGGAAAGCGCAGUCCAGCAGACAAGUCAUAAGGAAGAGAAAUCCCUCAAAUGCCUGGACUGUGGGAAAAUAUUCCGUUUCAGUGCAAACCUUAUUACAAACUGGAUAACCCCCACAGGAGAGAAGACCUAUAAAUGUUUAAACUGUGGGACAAGCUUCAUACAAAAGUCACGACUUAUGGUGCACCAGAGAAUGCAUGCAGGAGAGAGACCCUUUAAAUGCCAUGAGUGUGGGAAAAGUUUUAUGGAAAGAAAAGCCUUUACUCAACAUGGGAGAAUCCACACAGCCGAGAGACCAUAUCAGUGUCUCGACUGUGGGAAAUGUUUUAUACAAAAUUCAGCCCUUACUAAACAUGAGCGAAUCCACACAGGAGAAAGACCCUAUAAAUGCCUUCAGUGCGGGAAAGAUUUCGUUCAGCACUCACACCUUAUAAACCACGAGAAGAUCCACACAGGCUACAAACCCUACCAGUGCCUUGACUGUGGGAAAAGUUUCUUUGACAGAACAUAUCUUACUCGUCAUCAGAGAACCCACACAGGAGAGAGACCUUAUAAAUGCCAUGAGUGUGGGAAAAGCUUUAGUGAGAGCUCCAGUCUUGCUAAACAUCAGCGAACCCAUGCAGGAGAAAGGCCCUAUGGAUGUCUUGAGUGUGGAAAAAAAUUCAGUCAGCGCUCACACCUUACAAAACAUGGGAAAAUCCACAUAGGGAAGAGGCCUUUUAAAUGCCUAGAGUGAAAGAAGCUUCAGUAAGAGAUCUGAGCUUUCCAUGCUGCAAAACAUCCGCAAGGGUGAGAGACACUAGGAAUAGUCUGUCUACGAAAAGAUUCAAUCUGACUUCACACAUCCGUGAUUCACACAACAAAGUGUCUAUAAGUUGUGUGUGGCCACACAUGCACAAGAGAUGCAAAAGCUGCCCAGCUGAUUAGCAGAGGGCCCAUGGCUACGUUUUUUGUUUCCACUUAUGGUGCACACACACAAAUGCCUUGGUGCACGUGACAAAUGCACCAUGUCGACAAAUGCACCAUGUCGACAAAUGCCUUGGUGCUCGUGAAGUUAGUCCGCACAUGGCUAGAAAAGAUUGGAAGGAACAUUGCAACAGAGAGACAUAGAAUCGAGGUGGGGAGUAUCAUUUAAUACUCCCAGAGUAUCAGGCAUCUGCAAAUCCACACAGGGAGGCGAUCUCUGUGAUGUUUUCAGUGUGGAAAAUGUUCCAAGGGAAGCUCACACCAUGUUGGACAUCAGAGACUCCUCCCUACAGCAGGGAAACUCUCUCAGGGCCGUGACUAGGGCGACAAGCCCACCCCUUCAUUCCCACCCCCAGCUGGGGCUUUUGGCUCCCGGGGUCCGUGGCUGAGGUGAGGAUUCAGCAGCAGCUGAACAGCAAACACCAGGCCGAGGAGAAGAAGCCUCCAUCAGCCCUUCUUCCCUGACUGCUGAGCUGAUGGGCCACCGGCCGGGGAGGGGAGAGAGAAACUCCUCCAGACUCUCCCUCUGCCUGGCUGAGGUUCCCCUGCAUCUCCCUUCUCAGCCAGGAUCCCCCUGCUGUGGAGAUGAGAGGCAGGGCUUCCCCACUAACAUGAGGCUGCUAACUCCUCUCCUCCCCGAAUUCCCCGGGGCUCUGGCGCAUCAAACAGCCACAGGGCAGGGAGCCCUGAGGUAAGAGUGAAGGGGCAUUGAGGGAGAGGGCAGCCCAGGGGAAGUGGCUGUAGACCAGUGGAAACCAAAAAACCUAACUGG